CAGACCCCAGCACACGUUUGUUAAAGCAGAGGAGGAGUGCGGGGAGCUCUGGUUCUGCCAGGCCUGGAGGCCACCUCCACUGCUCAGAAAUGUGGCCGCACAGCACUAGUAUUCAAAAAUGAAAGCUGAGGCAAUCAAUAGAAUGGGUAAAAACCCCUAGUUACCUUAGUUCUUAAUAAUUAACUGGAAGUCCUUCCAUGAACUUAGUACCUGAGUGUGGAAUUUGGAAUCUGACCUUUACUACAUCUAGAUAAACACGGUGGCCGGCGCGGCGGCUCCCUCUGCAAGCACAGCUCCACUCUCAGCAGUUCUCUUCUUGGAGGCUUUCACACUUCAUGCUGCAGUCAGGAGCUCGGGGGAGUCCAACAUGAUACUUCUAACUGUGCUGUUCCUUUGCAUCAUUUCCACGUAUUCGGCCUCUGUUAAAGGGCACACUACUGGACCAAGCUUAAGUAAUGACAAAAUAUAUACAUUUUCUUACACUGCUGAAGUCUAUGUUGAUCGGGCUAAAGCGUCCCUGAAGAAAAGUGCAGGCUACCGGAUUUCUUCUGAUGUGGAUGUCAACCUCUUAUGGAGAAAUCCUGACAAUGAUGAUGACCAGUUGGUGAAAGUUACGAUAAAGAAUGUCCAAGUUGAAAAUGUGAAUGAACGUCCAGCUGCUAAAAACAUCUUCAAAGGAAAAAACACAGAGAAGAUCAUCGGGAAAGAAUAUCUGGCAGCUUUACAGAGGCCCAUGGUGCUUGAGUUAGCCCGUGGAAAAGUCCAAAACUUCUACUCAUAUCAAAAUGAACAUGCUUUUACUCAAAAUCUUAAGAGAGGUCUGGCUAGCCUUUUCCAGCUACAGCUGCACUCUGGUACUUCUCGUGAGGUGGACAUAUCUGGGAAAUGCAAUACUACUUACCAGGUGCGACAAGAUCAAGUGACUAAAAUAAAAGCCCUGGACUCCUGUGAAAUAGAAAAAACGGGAUUUACCAGCCACAACAAGAUCUUGGAUGUCAGCACAAAAGCCACAUCUGCCACAAUUUAUGUGCUGGAAGACAGUUUCUUUAAAUCCAUUAAGGCAGAAGAGAAUUAUGUUUUCUUUCUGAAUUCCCGACGAAAAACAAAUGCCAAAAUAGUUUCAAAGCAGAGACUGGAACUGAAGUCAGUACAAGCUGGCCCUGGACUGAUCGCUGGGAAGCAAGCUGCUGGUGUUGUCAAGACUUUGGACUCCAAUUACGUGUCCAUGCCCCUAGUAGCAGAGACAGUCAAAUCCGAAUGCAAAAAGUGUCCUUCACUUUCUGAACACUGGCAGAGCAUCAAAGAAUACAUGCAUCCUGAAAAACUUUCCAAAGCUGAAGCAGCAAGAAGCUUUUUGUCCUUCAUUCAGAACAUCAGAAAAGCUACAAAAGAGGAGAUUCUGCAGAUCAUUAAAAGUGAAAAGAAAGAACUCCUUCCGCAGAUAGUGGAUGCUAUAACUUCUGCUCAGACCCCAGAGUCACUGGAAGCCAUACUGGAGUUUCUGGACUUUAAGGAUGCAAGUACUUCCAUCCUUCAGGAGCGAUUCCUGUAUGCCUGUGGAUUUGCUUCUCACCCCAGUGAAAUGCUCCUGAAAUCUUUAACUUCUAAGUUCAAGGGUGAUAUCGCAAAUGAAGAAAUCAGAGAAACUCUUGUCAUUGUCAUGGGAGCGCUCAUCAGAAAGUUGUGUGACAGAGAAGGCUGCAAGCUUCCAGCUGUUGUGGAAGCCAAAAAGCUGAUUCUAAACAGGUUGGAGAAGGCUAAGAAAGAUGACAAUGUGAAGAUGUACCUGCUGGCACUGAAGAACGCACUCCUUCCUGAAGCAAUUCCACUGCUUCUGAAGUAUGCCGAGUCGGAAGAAGGGCACAUCAGCAACACUGCUGCCACCGCCAUACAGAGAUAUGAUCCCUCUUUCCUCACCGACGAGGUGAGGAAAACAAUGAACAGGAUAUACCACCAGAAUCGUAAAGUCCAUGAAAAGACAGUGCGAACCACUGCAGCUGCUAUCAUCUUAAACAGUAACCCAACCUACAUGGAAGUGAAAAACAUCCUGCUGUCCAUAGGCAAACUGCCUCUGGAAAUGAACAAGUAUAUGCUCUCCAUGAUCCAGGAUAUACUUCAGUUUGAAAUGCCUUCAAGCAAAACAGUUCGGCGAGUUCUGAAGGACAUGCGUUCUCAUAACUAUGAGCGCUUCUCCAAGCCAGGCUCUUCCUCUGCCUACUCUGGCUAUAUUACACGUGGUCCUGAUAUAUCAUCCACAUACAGCCUUGACAUCCUCUAUUCAGGCUCUGGCAUUUUAAGGAGAAGUAACUUGAACAUCCAUAUUUUCGAUAGAAAUGCUCAACUUCAUGCCGGCCAGGUGGUGAUCGAAGCGCAAGGUCUAGAGACCAUAAUAGCUGCAACUCCCGAUGAAGGAGAGGAAAAUCUGGACUCUUUUGCUGGCAUGUCAGCCAUUUUGUUCGAUGUCCAACUCAGGCCAGUUACAUUUUUCCAAGGCUAUGGUGACUUAAUGUCUAAAAUGCUCUCAGCAACUGGAGAUCCCAUUAACGUGGUGAAAGGACUUCUCCUCCUGACAGAUUACUCACAGGAGUUUCAGCUGCAGUCUGGGCCGAGGGCCAGCGCAGACUUCCAAGGCGGCCUGGCCAUCGACAUCUCGGGGGGGAUGGAGUUCAGCCUGUGGUACAGGGAGUCCAAAACCAACGUCAAAAACAGGGUAGCCAUGUUUAUAUCUGGUAACACAGAGGUGGAUUCCUUCUUUAUAAAAACUGGCAUGGAAACCACUUUGGAAGUAGAAACAACAUUGGACUUCAUCUCCACCGUGCAGUUUUCGCAGUACCCAUUUUUAGUCUGUAUGCAGAUGGACAGAGUUGAGUCUCCGUUCAGGCAUUCCGUGACCAAGUAUGAAAGUCUACCAUCUGGCAGACGGUACACCGCCAGGAAAGGGACAGCAGAACCGUUGGCGGGUUGUGAAUACCCUCUCCAUCAAGAGAACUCCAACAUGUGCAGGAAGGUUUUCAGCACUGCAUCCGAUUCCUCCAGCAGCUGGUUUUGAAAUGGGCACCUGAGCUUUUGCUAUCCUGAAUCCAUGGCUUCCCCAAUGCCUUAGGCUUGUACGUACCGUACCAACUCGGAGCUUGAUCUUGCACUACUGCAAGUAAUGGGAAAUUUGCCAUUGAUUUCAACAGGCCAGGAUCAGACUCCCAGUGCGUGCACAGUGUUUACAUAUUAACCUAUAUUUAAGACUUUUGUAAAAAAAAAAAAAAAAAAGAAAAAGCUAGGGCAAAUAACGACCAAUUUGGUAGUGUACCAUGCACUCCCAUAAGGGUGGUGCUAGUUCUUUAUUUUUACUUUUUUGUGCCAAAAGCAAAAAUAAUCCCUCAUUUUUCUUUCUUAUGGAAUACAGAAGUCCAUGUUUUUGACAUGCAGUAAGAAAAAUUGUGAUGUAUAAAGAAUGAUUAUUUAUGAAUAUAUUUUAAAGUAUUUAGGUGUUUAGGCCUAUGACCAAUCCUCAUUCCAAUAUUCAAAUACAAUUAACAUCUAGAUGGGACCAUGAAUUCCUGCUUACUCAGUAUUGCCUGUUUACAAAAAGAGCAGGUUUUAUUUUACAUAAUUUUAACAGGAUCUUUCAUUUUUUAAGCAGCCAGAACUUGCUUAUUAUUAUUAUUUAUCUCUCUCUUUUUUUUUUUUUUUUUUUUUUUUUGUAUUCACUGCCGCAAUUAAAUACAAUUGAUUAAAAAUGCCGGGUAAUGUUUCCAGAAGUAAUUACAGUUGACUCAAUUCUGUUCCAAUUGAAAUCAAUGGUAUAAUUUCUGUAGCUACCAGCAGGAGCAGAGUUAAGCCAACACCAAUUGCUCUUCAAAGUUGCCUUCUGAAAAAUUAUGUCACCGUGUGUAAUCAAGGCAGGUAUAGUCCAAAAAAUGAACCCACCCACUAAGGCAAUUCAGAACUAUGAUGAAUGAAAAGGUCCUGAAAGAAAUCAAUUUUGAAUGCACAGUCUAGCAAAGUCUGUGCAGAGCCAGAACAAUUUUCUUCUAGAUAAGUUAGGCUCAUAUUUGAGUAAGUACAAGUAAUAGCUACUCAUGCCAGUCAUCCAAUUAAAAUAACUUACAUUAGUACCUUUUUGCUCAUUCAAGUAGUGGCUUCACUAGAACUGUGGAAAAGAAGAAGAAAACAUUUUACAUUUACAACAGCAUUGCAGAUAAAAAAAUGUACCUCAUCCCAGCUUAGCUGAUCUCUGACAUGAUCCAUCUGAUUUAAUUUUAUAGGACAAGAUAUGUGAGUGCUCGUAACAAAAAUAAAAGAAAAAGCCAGGAAGAAUGUUUUUUUUUUUUCAAAAAAAAAUAGUAAUAAUAAAAAAAAAGCUCAUAGAUUGCCAUGAAACAAUGUAUUACAGGAAUAUGAAAAAAAAAAAAUCCCAUAUCCUUUCAUGUUGUAAAAGACCAAAAGUACCCAAUCCUCGGAAAUCAAACUAUCAAUGGGAUGAAACAGUCUGCUUGCUGUCUUUCCUGGUGAUGCUGACUUCUUCUAGUCAAAGUAUAAAUAAAACAGGCAAAAAUAC